UCGCACUCGUGCAGUCAUAUAACGUCACCUAUCUAGUUCGACGAAUACCGCUCCAGUGAACUCAACUCUCAGCCUCAAGGGCCAUAAAAAAUUCAAUACAAUACACGUUGCGAACAUCGAUAGUAAAGCAGUAGCAGCAAACAAUAUUGUGAACAUUGUUCCCAGAUUGUUUCAUACCCAGUGUGGAUGUGGCUUUGGGUUUGCUGUACAGACAGAUCGUUGCGUUUGGACCGGCAUUUGUGUCGGAAUAUUUAUUUGAGCACAAAAAAUGACUACUUUAAUUUUAUUUGAUAUAAUGCGUAUAAUUUUUAAUUUUUUUGCAAUUUUUGUAGAAAAUAAAUACCAUGGUAAAAUAUGUAAUCUACAUUGUUGUAGUCAAUGACAAAUCUCUCCCAAUCAUAUCGCGAGUCGAUUUCUGUGAUUAUAACUGGAGUCAGAGACAAUUCACUCGUUUGUAUGUGUUGCUAUCAUCUGUGAUUUAAACAGUGAAAGCGUUAGUUUUGGUUCUGAGCUUGAGGCGGUAAUGUUGUGGCAGUAUGGAUUUUGUCAGGUUGAAAUUAUGAGACGGAUACUAGGUUUAGUAUAGAUUUUACGUGUGUAGAGCGAUGGGAACGUAGAUAUGUUUAGGCCGGCUGUGUGUUGUGUCAGGAUUUACUGUUAUGGGCCACGAACAUUGUAAUCAAAAGAAUGCCUGUUUACGCUGGCAUUUUUAUAAAAUAUUUCACCGUCCCCUGUGUAUCACAUAAACAGUUACUUGCGCGUAGUGGAAUAUUUUGACACAUCCUACAAAAUGUCUCAUCAUGGACCUUCAUAUUCGCCAGCGUACGUACACGACGAGUAUGAUUUUGAAGAUGACAACGAUGAUGAUUUGGACGACGACAGAGAGAAUGACGAGCACGAUGAAAGCGAUGAAGAUACGGAAGAAGCCAGUGAAACGGAUAUGGGAAAAUCCGAAGAAUACACGGAAAUCAAAGAACAAAUGUACCAAGACAAACUUGCCAGUUUAAAGAAACAGCUCCAGCAAUUGAAAGAUGGGACACACCCAGAAUAUAACAGAAAACUGAAGAAGUUAGAACAAGCUUAUAGAGAGAGGUUGCGUUUGAACAUCAUUUCAAGGGAUUAUUUAAAUGAGUGUGUGGAAAGAGAUUACACUAUUGAAAAAAAGGCAGCAGCAAAAGAAUUUGAAGAAAAGAAGAUUGAACUUCGUGAGACGCUUAUAAGUGAUUUGGAGGAAAAGAGAAAACUUAUAGAAUCUGAACGUCAUACUAUGGAGUUGACAGGUGAUUCUAUGGAAGUGAAACCGGUCAUGACGAGGAAACUACGUCGUCGGCCAAACGAUCCAGUUCCAAUUCCAGAGAAGAGGCGGAAACCGCCACCUGCACAGUUGAAUUAUUUAUUAGAUGAGAAAGAAAUAGAAGCAGAUCUUAAAUUAAUUAAUAGAGGAAAGUUAAUGGGACCUAUCAGAAAACCAGCUCUUGUAUCCAACACUGGUUUGCCUGUUACACCAGCUGUCCCAGAAAAUUCACUACCAGAGACAAGAAUUGAAGAUGGUAAAUUGCUCUAUGAGAGGAGAUGGUAUCAUCGAGGACAGCCUGUUUACGUUGAGGGAAAGGACAUCUCUCGCUUUUCAGCAGUAAUUUCUGCCAUUGGAUUGGAUGUGGUCUGGGUGAAAAAAGUCUCUGAUGGAAACAAGGUUCGCAUUUUUCUGUCACAGUUGACACGUGGGAAGAUCUCAAUAAAAAGAAGAGCAUCAUAAGUGUCAUAAACAUGACGAUAUCCUUCAAAAUCUUUGGACUUCUGAAAUAAUUACUUUCGAUGUGCAGACCAUAGCAUUCCCUCAUUGCAUAUCUCUGGCCAUUCAGUUUUAUUAAAUCUGCAUGAUAUUCUAUGCAGAAUAUGUAAGUAGCAUUUAUUCUAAACCAGGAGGUGGUAUCAUCUCAAAUAUUGGAAACGUCAGUUUAAAAUGUGAUAGAGUGCUUCAUAGACUUUGCUUGUUUUACAAGAGUCUGUGUACAGCACCUAAUUUUUAUAAUAUUUGUAUUACAAAUACUGUAAAUAAACACUAUUUUGUCUCUUUUACUUA